AGUGGCAAUGCAACCCAGGCAGGGAUUGGUGCACACAAAUAGCCGGCCAAUCAGAGAGCAGGCAGGGGGAAAACAACAAGGCAAGGAGUGAGAUGGUGAAAGAGGGACUAGCGAUGAAAAAGCGAGGGAGAAGGUGAAAUCACAGCAGCACAGAGGAGAGACCAAACAAAGAGGAGAGCAAGGAUGAGUGGAGGAGAGAGUGCUGAGCUGUGAGGUCUCCAGAGAGGAAGAGGAGAUGAGCUGAGAGAGGAGGGAGAGCAGCCAGCACUGAGAACAUCCAUCAGCUCAGGCAGACAUGCUCUGAGCCCUGGAGCAGCAGGGCUACGCAGACACGGCUCAGGCCCACCAUCAGGCCUACCUCAGCCCUCCAUCCCAGCCAUAACCACCAGGGCAGGGACAGAAGAUUCUCCCAACAGCAGCUGUGCACGAGAGCAAUGAAGACAGCCAGGAAGGGCAGUGUGGAGAUGCCUGCAUUCAUGCGGCAGCUGGUGAAAGAGACAGAGAAGAGGGUCAGCUCUUUCUUCAAAGGGGGACGUGGUGGAGCAGCAGAGGGGGAACAUCCAGGGGACGGGGAGAAGGAGGAGGUCAUCCCCAGCCCCUACCUGGACCGGCCUGUCCUGGACAAGUUAGCAGAGGAGGGCUGUGCUCGAUGGGGCCUUACCUACGCCCUGGGGAGCAUGCAAGGCUGGAGGGCCAACAUGGAGGACUUCCACAACUGUGUGCCUCAGCUGGGAGGAGAGUUGGCUGACUCGAGCUUCUUCGCUGUCUUUGACGGUCAUGCAGGCAGCACGGUGGCACAGUUCUGCUCCCAGCACCUUCUGGGCCACAUCCUGGCCACAGGUGAAAGAGAUGCAAAUAUAAAUCCUGCAUAUGUAUAAGAUAUUAAAGAUCUGUAGAAAUUGCAUGUUGUUUGAGAGAAUACAACUAAGUGAGAACUUUGAUUGUGUCAGGUUUAUCAUAUUUGGUCUUGUGACGGAUCCUUUUGGAUAGUUUUCUGCACAAUGGUGUUUUUUUAUGUGUAGCUCAACGCCAAAAGUGUUGCAUCACUUGUGUUUGUGCCCACAGGUGGAUUGUGCUCAGAGGAUGACCCUGAAAGGGUGAAAGCGGCCAUCAUUGAGGGCUUCCUGCAAACAGACAAGCACCUACUCUCCGUGGCACGUCGAGAAGGCUGGGAGAGAGGGGGCACCACCGUGGUGGCCACUCUCAUCUCACCAUAUUACAUCUACUUUGCCAACUGUGGGGACUCGAGGGCCAUGCUGUGCCGGUCCGGCCAGGUUUGCUUUUCCACUGAGGACCACAAACCUUAUAGCCCUCUGGAGAAGGAGCGAAUAGAGAGUGCGGGCGGCUCUGUGACUCUCCAGAGGAUCAAUGGCUCCCUGGCUGUGUCCCGGGCUCUGGGGGACUUCAGCUACAAGGGGGCCGAAAACCGAACGCCAUGCCAGCAGAUGGUGUCACCAGAGCCUGAGGUGUGUGUGGUGGAGCGCUCACCAGCUGAUGAGUUCCUAGUGCUGGCCUGCGAUGGGGUGUGGGACAUCAUCAGCAAUGAGGAGCUGUGCGCCUUCAUCCACAACAGGCUUCGUGUGUGCACUGACCUGAGGGAUGUCUGUACUCAAGUCAUAGACCUCUGUCUCUAUAAGGUCAGAACCUCUAUCUCAAACUUAGUGACCAUGUGACAUUAAUAUUUUGUGCUUUGUAAGUUAUUCAGCACUCUAUGAACUCCUGCACAUUGGCUCAUUUAAAUGGCAAAUCCUCUGGUUGAUUAUAAACACAAAACAUAAUUUCACAGUUAAUCUGUGUUACAUAAUUUUUUAAUGAGAUGGGGAUUUCAUGACACAUUUAAAAGGAUUAACAUAAUCCUUUAAACUAUGAAUGUGUUGACUUGAUUUGGCUUGAUAUGAACGCAGAUAGUAUCGUUCCACUUUUUAAGGAAAGAGCUUUCCUUCAUGACAAUAUCUCAUGUUAUUUCUGUUUGAUUUAAAGGUAAUAAUCAGGAUCAUCCCUCAAAAUCUGACCUUUACUCAGGCUUUAAAAAAUAACUCCAGUAACACCUUGCCUUAAGUCUCAGUUUUCUGUCUAACAUGUUUGAUAAAACUGUCUUGACACAGGAAAAGAGUUCACAAGGUCACUGUCUAAACCAACAGAGGGGUUCCUCAGGGAACUGUGCUGGAUCCUCUCAUUUUCAUUUGCAGAAAAUGUAUCUUUGGACCCACUGCUCUAGUUAUUUCUAUUUAAAUAUUGGUUUAACCAACUUGUUUAUACAGACACAAGUUUGCAGUCUGCUUGGAGUUUCUUGUGAUAUGUGGUUGAUAUUGAUAAGGAAGAACAUUUAUGAUCGUUUCUUCAUGGAACUGCAAUUAGACCGAGAUGCUAAGGUAGAAGAACUACCGCGUCUGCUGUGCAAAAUAAUUAAUAUGAUGAUUAUUACUAAAAGGAAAUGAUAAAGUAGGGGAUCAUAAAUGUUCUUCCUUGAGCUGCGUCACCCCACAGCAGUCCGUAAUUGACUGGCCUGAGGUCUCGCUACAAACAAGCGGCUGCUGGAAGAGAGUAAGUGAGUUGUGUUCAGUCUCUUUGUUAAAGAAAUUAGGCAAAGUUAAAAAGAUGUUUGGUGGCUAGUACUAUGGCUGGGACCCUAUAUGUACUGUUGAUGAAGUUAGGUGCUGUUCAGAGCAUUAUUUGUGGCUAUAGAGUGGCUUUUUGGUUGAGGUUUGUUUAUGGCUCCUCAGACCGCUGUGUAUUGCUAUCCUGCGGUCGUUACUAAAGUUGGUAUAACUAGAGAAGUAAGUGGUCGGCAACAUUCAUCUCUCGACAGGGUGUUGAACUCGGUGUUAUGGUGUGUUUGACCCUAAAUUAAUUUUACGCCGGAAUAUCCCUUUAAGAAGCUUUAAGCUCCUCCAAUUACAUCAAUUUUGAUGCCCCCUGUUGAUGAAAUGGUCCUUACAGAUCUUACUGUACAUGUAAGUGCCAUAAGGAUAAAGCUUUUUUUCAUACACCAGAAAAUCUCAUCCUGCUUUCCUUUAACGGUUGAUAAAUGUAUCACCCAUAAAGAAUAUUUGUGAUGUGAAAUGUAAAACAAAAGCUGUUUAGUCCAUCACUUUUCUGAUACUCAUCAAGCAUAGCAGUCUUAGUAUGCCCUCUUUUUUAAUAGAAGUCAUGUGAUCUGAUUUUAGUAAAUGAUUUUGACUGCAGCGGCAUUAAACAUGUCUCUGCUGGCAGAGGAUGAUAUUGAAAGGGCAACCAGAAAAUAGCUCCUUAAGCUUUAAAAACAAAGAUUUAGACUUGAAUAAUCAGCUGUGACUUCUGCUAAAGGCUUGUCUCAGCCUCAUUUAGACCAUAGCUUCUGCUCAUGAUACAAUAGUGUGACAGACCACCUUAAAAUAGACAGCAGAGGUGUCAGAACAGGUUAUAUGGGAUUAUUCUGGGUUCUCACAAGGACUCAUUUCAGCCACUCUCACUCCGACAGAGUCGCACGUAAAAGGUCGAUAUUCAAGAACGAAAAAUUGCUCAUUGCUCUGUUUUUAAAGGGUACAAAGAAACAAUGCCAGACAAGUGAUCAAGAAAAGGUUUACCAAUACAGACAGUUCUCCUUAUAUCAUAGCUGAUAGCAUUGGAAGUAGCAGAGGGAGUUUUUCUAAAAGACUGUGCUCUGUGCAGUGAAUUAUUUGUAGGAAAAGCUUGUCAAGAAGACCCAAGCUUUUGUCCUUUCUGUUGUUACUCAAGUUACUAAGUGCAUCAAGUGAUAUUAUGUAAACAUUUUAUAAAACAAUUAUGAUAAACAGCACCCAAAAAGAGAGAGACAAGAAAAGAGGCAAAAAUGUUUUAUUUAUGUUUUUUUUUUAGUCACAUAAGAGCACACCAGGAUAAACACUGGCCACGCGUGCACACUCGGCUCUGUUUGGCUAUCAUGUCCAUCAUGUCAGUGUUACGUAACCAUGCUUCAGCCUGGAUACGCACAAUGACCUCAAAAUGUCACAGCUUCUUCCACACUCCACUUACUUCUUCUUGCUCUGCUGCAUCUGUGUGACAGCGAUGUGCAAACCCUGAGGUGGAAAUGAUCUGUCCCUAAAUCUGCUUGCCCUGGAUGAAAUAGUGCUUGGUUUGUUGACAUUUGUAAGGUCAGCCACCAUUACUCACCUUUGCUGACGCUGCUUGGCCCCACAGGGCAGCCUGGACAACAUCAGCAUCAUCCUGCUGUGCUUCCCUGGAGCCCCCCAGCUGUCAGCAGAGGCGUUACACCAGGAGGCUGAGCUGGAGGACCUGCUGGAGGCCAAAGUAGCAGGUUAGUUGGUAUCGAUGACACAAGAGGGAGCAGCCUGUCUGCUUGGAGAUGCUGCUUUUGUCAAAGUUUGAUGUAAAAUCCUGACACUCCUGUUUUUAAGGCCGAUGUGUUAAGAGUUGACUCUCAUGAUGGGGACUGCAUUAUUUCUAAAAACUUUCUUUGAAAUAUUCAACAAUUUGAGUUAUUCAAAUAUAGGACAUAGUGUUAAACAUUUUUCCCCAUUUUCAAUAUAUUCCACUACAAAAACCAAAGUCAUCCUUUACCAACCAAAAUAAUCACAGCUUUAAUGGAAAACCAAAUGUUUGGUGGAGUUCAGUGCCACAACUUUUUGCAUUAGUGGAAACUUUUAUUUAUUAAUAAACAUAUUGGACCUGUAGUUUAUCCUGAGUGAGGAAAAUUACUUACACAAUAAUAUGUCCAUGUUGUAAAUAUUUGCUAGAAUACCAAAUUUGUAUUGAUUCACAAAAAAAUGAAUAAAAUAAUUCUUUAAAAAAUAUCAUAGCUAAUUUGGCCUUGAUUGAAUUACUUCUGCCGAAUACCAAGCACCUUACUUCUGUAGCAGAUUAGUUUAUGUUGGUUAAAAUUAAGCCAUGUUUUUGUAUGACCCUUCUUGGAGGAUUUAAUUCUUCAGCUAGAACCAGUAGACUUGGAGGAGUUAUUGAGAGAAGGCUAAACACAUAAUUGGUUUUAGACUUACUCAGGCUUGGCCACGUCAUUAAAUUUACUGAAUAACUAAAUACAUAUUCUCCAAGCUGCUUUAAAACUUGAAAUAAUUCCCAGAAACUUUUCAGAUGUGACUUUACAUUUGUUUUAAUGUCCAACAGAGAUUUAUGAAGAGCUUUGCGCCAGAGGAGAGGAACCAGACCUGCUAUCAGUCCUGACAGUCCUUGCAACCACGGUCAUCCCCGGAUUACCACCAGGGGGAGGCAUACAGAGCAAGUAAGAGACACCGAAUGAAUGUUUAUGGUCCUGUUCCAUGAUGUGUUUGUGUGUGUGUAUUGUACUGAAACUGACAGCAUGUUAAUUUCCUUUAUUACAGAAGAAACUGCAUCAUUUCUGCUUACUAUCAACAAAGAGAGACACACAAGCCCACACUACCAAAUGUAAGUGAAACUGCACAUUAAACUCAUUCUAGCCAUGAAAUGAUCCAUUAUUGUCUUGACAGUUUAUUCACUUUCAUUUCCUCUUAAACAUGUCUGUCCAGGGCCUGGGAGGAUCCUGAGUCUGCCAUCUUGGAUUUUGUUCUCAGACUGUAAUUAAUAUCAAUAUCAAAACCGUUUCCCCUAUGUGUGCAAUUUAACAAAAGGGAGGUAAUUAACAGACAGGGGUGUUUGUUUACAUCAUGCCAGCAAACAGCAUCUUGUCGUAAUAAAUGCAAUGCAAAAAUGGAUCCAAUGAGAGCCUGUUAACAUUUUAUAUUUCUACAAAAAGGGACAUUUUGUAAAACUUACUCAGAGACAAUGAUCCAGCAACAAACCUCUGCCUCAUACCCAGUGAACAGAUGAUACAGGUGAUCACUUCUGAUGAAAGUCUGUUGUAAUGAACAACAAACAACUGUGAAACUGUACAUUUUGUUAGAUAUAGAAGGUAUAUCAGUGAAUAUAGUGUUAUAUUUUAAUGAUGAUGUUAUAAGAGUACAUAUAUAACUAUAGAUUAUAAGGAUACUUUGGUGAUUUUGAUGAUGAAAUGCUGCUUUUACAGGAAAGAAAAGUGAUUGGAUUUAAACAGCACCAGUGCUAGCUACAAGCUAGCAUGUAGCUAAUACAUUUCCAUUUGGUUUAAACAGGGGAUGCUAACAGGGUUGAGCUAGUCAGAUAAAGGGAAUGCACAAAUAUUUCUUUUUCCCUUAGUGUUAAAAGUGAUAAGCAAAUAAGCACUGUUUGAAUAUUGACUUCUUAGUAAAUCUUAACUCAUACACACACUCAGUCAAGAAAAAAUACAUUUCACCCAAAAACACUUUUUUUUUAAAGAAAAGUUUACUUUAAGGAUUGCUUGUUCAAGUAGAGCGUUUAGUAUAAGAUCCACAUGUUUGGAGUAAUGCUUGGAAAUUAGAUUAGCCUAUUUGUCAGAGUAAUUCUAUAGAGUAUUUAUAAAGGGACUUAAUAGCAUGUUUCAGGUUUUAUUGUGACCAAAAGCUGAACUCUGUGUAACCAAAAUUGGCCAAAAUCUCCAUAGACUGACCAAUAAAAUACAAGUCAAGUUCGUCAUGUAUACAUUUUUAGUUCUGUUAUCACCGUAUUUCACCGUGCAUUCUUCAAUACAGCAUAACCUUUGUGAAAUGUGUUUUUUCUAUAAGUUGGAUGGUGUACUGUGAUGCCUUAUUCAUGUUGUACAAUGUUGAUGAAGCAAAGCGCACCAGAGCAUCAGGUCAAUUUCAGAAUCUGCAUUGUUUCAUUGUUUGAGUGAGUAAUUUCCAAUGUGUAGACAUUACGAGUUAAGUCAUGAAUGUUUCAAACCUCAAUAAAGAAUAUCUGACUCAG